AUGGCAAUCCAUGGAAAUGGAAAUGGAAUUGCAGAAGCCUUUGUUCUCAAUGUUGCGAUCAUCUUCGGCGUAACCGGACUCGUCGGUAAGGAGCUUGCAAGAACCAUAGCUUCAAAACCAGGGUGGAAAGUAUAUGGUAUAGCUCGUAGAUCAGAUGAUCUCCACCUUCCAUGUUCUUCUUCUUCUAAUUAUCAAUUCAUUUCAUGUGACCUCUUAAACCCUUUAGAAACCAUAGAGAAACUCUCUUUACUUAUUGAUGUAACCCAUAUGUAUUGGAUCACUUGGUCAAGCCAAUUCCCCUUAGAUUCCCCUGCUUGUUGUGAACAGAACAAAGCUAUGUUAUCCAAUGCCUUAAAUGCUCUUCUCCCUACAGCCAAAUCACUUAAACAUGUCUCUCUUCAAACUGGAGCUAAGCAUUAUGUGUCUCUUUCUGGCCCUUUUAACAAAAACCCAAUUCGUUAUUGUGAAGAUAGCCCUAGAGUUGGCCAAGGCAAGAAUUUCUAUUACACAUUGGAAGAUUUGCUUAUAGAGAAAUUAAAUGGCAAAGUUGCUUGGUCAGUUCAUAGACCAGGGUUGCUUAUAGGGAAUUCUCAAAGAACUUGUUAUAACUUCAUUGGUGGGCUUUGUGUUUAUGGUGUUAUAUGUAGAUAUCUCAAUCUACCCUUCUUGUUUGGUGGUUCAAAAGAGUGUUGGGAAGAGGUUUACAUUGAUAGUACUGAUACAAGGCUUGUAGCUGAGCAACAUAUAUGGGCAUCAACUAAUGAAGAUGUUUCAUCCAUUAAAGGUCAAGCUUUUAAUGCUACAAAUGGUCCAAGCUUCACUUGGAAGGAAAUUUGGCCUGCAAUUGGAGCUAAAUUUGGAGUGAAAGUGAUUGGAGAUGACAUGUUUUCGCCGGAUUUACGACUUUCCAAUUUCAUGGCUGAUAAGGGAAGUGUUUGGGAAGAGAUUGUGGAGAAGGAGAGGCUUUGUAGAACUAAGAUUGAAGAUUUAGCUAAUUGGGCAUUUAUGGAUAUCUUGUUUAGAUGUUCAAGUAAGAUGCUUUUGUCAAGAGAGAAAGCAAAUCAGUUUGGUUUCUUAUUGAGUUACCAGACUCUGGAUUCAAUCUUGUAUUGGAUAGAUUGCAUGAGAAAGGAGAGAUUCAUUCCUUAAUGAGAUCAGAAUUGAA